AUGUCAGGAAACACGCCUCCAACGUCGCUCUUUGAAUACACAGCUGGACGGUGGUUACACCUUGACCAACCUCAGCGUGACGCACGCUACGUUAAAUUUGAUUUCGAACGCCUGUGUGAGAGAGUAGUUUCACUAUGUCCCUCCGCAACUUCAGUUGAAAGCUUCCAGAAACUAGAAGGCGGGUUUAGUAAAGCAUUUAUUGUUAAGACUGAUAAUGGUAAAUGUGUCGUCGCCAAAUUUCCCACAUCUGUUGCUGGACCAGCAAGAUAUGUGACGAACUCCGAAGUUGCAACAAUCACUUAUUUGCAAUGCCAUACUAAACUACCAAUUCCAACCAUUCUGGACUGGAAUGAUGAUCCAACCAACCCCAUUGGCUCAGAAUACAUUAUCAUGGAGCAUGCUGAUGGCGUCCUACUGCAAGAGGCAUGGAUGAAUAUGCCAACAGAGAAGAAAGUAAAGUGUAUUGGAGCAAUCUGUACAAGCGUUUUGCCAAUAUCCGAACUUGACUUCCCGGCAUAUGGCAGCCUAUAUUUUGCCGAUGCAUCAUUUCUUAAGGCUGAUUCUAAGCAAAUAUUGGAUAAUGACCCCAAAUACUGUAUUGGGCCGCACUGUAGGGGAAGUACCUACUGGGACUGCAAUGUUGGUGAGCCAAGAUACUACGCAUUCAAGGGACCGAAUAGAGGGCCAUGGCGUGAUCUUUCAUCAUACACUGCUGCUUUGAUUGAUUCUGGCCUUGCAAGAUUGCCACCAGCCGAGCAACCUGUUCUCUGCCGGCAGCAAGCAUCCUACCAAGGCUCCGUGGAUAGGCACCGGGGUCUGCUCAGAGUGGGCCAAUCUGUCUUCCCUGAGCUAAUACAGCACCCGGAUAUCUAUUCUAACUCAACACCUACCAUUUUCCACUCUGAUCUACACAAGAGGAAUAUUUUUGUUUCCAAAGACGAUCCUAGUAUCGUGACUGGGAUUAUCGAUUGGCAAUGUGCAAGUAUUGAGCCAGCAUUCUAUUACGCAGACCAUACGCCUGAUUUUGCCAAGGUGCCACUUGAAGGAGCGCCAGAGUCUACGGAUGAAGCUCUCUGUAGUCAAGCCUAUGAGUUAGGCUGGACCCUCCUAGCUCCACGUCUAGGAGCAACUAGAAAAAUUGACGAAACACUCCUCCGGCCAUUCCGCUACUGCCAUAGGACGUGGAGAGACGGAUUUGUACCAUUCACCUGCGAGUUAAUGCGACUGAGAGAUGCUUGGACACAGCUUGGCUUUGCGAAUAACUGCCCUAUCCCGGCCUUAGAUGACAUGAGCUUCUAUGAGGAACAGCUUGAUGUCUAUAAUAAAAUGCUGGAGUUUAGGCAGGAUAUGGUUGAGACGCUGGGAGUAGAAGAUGAUGGGUGGGUUUCUGAGAAUCGCUGGGAAGGGGUAAAGAAGGCCCAUCAAUAUUUCUAUGAGACUAUUAUGGAUAGCAUGGAGAACGACAAGGACCGUGAGGAACUGAAGACAAUGUGGCCAUUCGAUCAAUGUCAGGUUCAAAAUUCACCAGACGAUCUCAGCCGGCCGUGA